AUGGCGCACGGCGCCGUGAUCGAGAAUUUGAGCACCAAGAAGUUACUGAUUAUUCUCUCGGCAUGCGCGGGACUUUUGGCAGUUUUUGUACUAAUUGGAGCGUAUUUUAGUAAGUUUUAUAUCUAAAACUAAUAAAAUAAAGUAAAAAAUACCUACAAGUGCUGGAGUACCGUUUUUCACAGUAAAUAUAUUAUUUUAGCUCCAAAUCCCUCAACUUCGAUGGAAUUUUUGACAACAAAAUGUUCGGAUCCGACAGCUGGACGGAGUAAAGAAUGGUUUUAUGUUCGGCCCAUGGUAAGUAAUAAAGAUUGACGUCAACUUACAAUUUUACACUGAAACCAACCGAUUUAGCACAAACUUUUCUUGCGAUUGAGAUUCAAAAUCUUUUCCAUUUUUGGUUCCAAAAAAUGCGUCAUCAUGACAACCUUUAUGAAAUUUAUGGAAAUUUUUUGUCGAAUGAUUUUAUGCGCUAAAAUACGACUAUUUUUAGAAAUGCAACGUGAUCGACGACCUCUCCUCGCACACUCUUCUCUCCUCAGAUGUCCGUGACAUUGUCUUUGUCGCUCAAAUGCCUCAUGCCAGAAAUGGAGUCGAAUUGGAAUACUCCCGGUGGUUUCAGUUUCUCCUUGGUCUUCUGGAAGUCGAUAUCGCAUACGAUGAUGCUUAUACAGUCCCGUCUUCUGCGAAUUUUGAGUUGGAGGUUAGAAUGGGAUAUAAGGAACAUGGAGAAGAUGAGUGGAAUACGUUGUCCGAAGCAGUGAUUCAUAGGAAUCUGGAGUGCGAAAUUGAUCAAGACAAGGUAAGAUAAUUCUGAUUAAUGUCGAGGUGAUUCUGAUCUUGUUUUCAGCGAGCAAAAGGACAUUUAUAUAACUGCUCGACUAUCGAUUUGUUCGAAUUGGGAGCCAAUGUUUAUCCCUCGUAUCUGCUGAACAUCCGAAUUCCUGUGAACCAAACUUUAUGUCGAAUUAAUCCGCAGGGUCCAAACUGUAAGAUCGGGCUGAUCCAGGACCUAAGGGUCAUCGCAAUCCAUCAAAAUGGAGGCUUUACUUUGAUCUGGCUUUGGAUGAAAACGUUAAUUUGGCCGGUGGUUUGUGCAGCAACUUAUUGGUACUUCAAGCGAUUAAGUGGCAUGAGAAGACCUCCAACACUUAAUGAAAAUUGUAUUCUGGCAUUGGGAGUUAGUAUGGCCAUUUUGGAUUGUGAGUUAGACGUUUUUAUUAUCAGUGAUACCUAAAGUUUUCAUGUCAAAUUUUAUUUUUAUUGAUUUUAGUCCCGAUCGAGUGGAUUACCCUAUAUUCACAAGCUUGGUAUCUGUUGUUGUUGAGUGACAUCCGAUUGGGAUUGUUUUAUACUGUUUUAUUUUCCUUCUGGCUUGUUUUUACUGGAGAAAAUAUUGUUGAUCAGAAGAUUCACACCUUGGUAAGCAAUAUUUUUUUUAUGUUUGAAUACAUCCUUUUUGGUGUUUAUGAACUAUUUUUAGUCCUCUUAUUGGCGAAAUUUGACCUCAGUGAUUGUCACAUCGACUUCUCUACUGCUCUACGAUCUUUUCGAAAGGGGUCUUCAACUCAAGAAUCCUUUCCACAGUAUCUGGGCGUCUGAAUUCGGUUCCGCAUUGGCUACUCUCACUAUAUAUUUGGCCGGUCUCUCUGCUCUUUUCUACUUUGGAUUCCUCACUUUCAAAAUGUCCAAAGCCUGGAGGGCAAUUCAAAAUAAAAGAGCGGAGUUAUAUCGAUUAAAGGAAUUAAAUCGACUCAAAGUUCAAGGUGUCAUCUACAGGUUCAAAUUCUUGUUUUUGUUGACCUUGGCGUGUGCUGGGCUCACGAUAUUGAGUUAUGUGAUGAAACAUGUAGGUUGCGCCCCAAUGAUUUUAUUUUUACCUAAUUUUUGCGUGUUAAAAUGUAAAUAUUUAUUGUUUUUUCUUCAGUAUGGGGAAAUGCAAUUGCAUGGAGAUGAACAUGAACAGUCUUGGCUUAGCCGACCGACCUCGGCCUUCUUUACAGGCACUUUUGGCAUGUGGAAUAUCUACGUUCUGAUCCUUUUGGCCAUGUAUGCUCCGUCACACAAGGUGUACUCUGGCACGACAAGUAAGUUAAUUACUUUAAUUACGAUUUUGCUUCUUUUUUUAGCCGAAGCUUGCGUAAAAUUCUUUAAAUGUUGUGUUACAUUGGGGAAAUUUUGCUAACAAAUUGAAGUUUCAUGAGUUUAAAAUAACGCCUAAAAUACUAGGAAAUCUUCUGUAAAUCCUUAAGCCCCUAAAGUCACACGAUUUCAGCGUUAGAGGACGAGCAAGACGAUCUCAUUGAUGCCCAGGUGGAUUCGACGCCUCUGACAACAUUCCUCAAACCGAGUACUGAUUAA